GAGAGCAGUCGAUAGUUGUGCGUUACUAAAAUAUAUUAUUUUUGAAGUUAUUUAUUAUGGGACGUGAUACGAGAAAAGUUUCGAGAGAAGUUCGGAAAUCUGAAAAUAUCCGUAAGUCGUAUUCAAAGAAACGAAAAAAUAUAUUUAACCCAAAAACGGCGGAACGUAAUGAAAGUGUUCGGAGUACAUCGUCUAAAAAACUGAAACAAAAUACUGAAAACGAUGUACCCAAAAGUUGCACCUCUGAAUUUCGAAUAAUUAAUUUUAUUACGGUAUUCACUGCCAUUUCUGCUCUUGUGAAAUGUAAGAAAUGUGAUGGAAACAUUGAAUUUCUAAUAGCUAGUACACGUGGGAUAGGAUUUAAAAUUGUAGUUUCAUGUAAUAACUGUGACAGUGAAUAUAUUCCUUCCUGCUCUUUCAUUGGGCAUUCUUAUGAAAUAAAUAGACGCUUUAUUUUUGUGAUGAGAAUACUAGGGAUAGGAUACGAAAGUUUGUGCAAGUUUUGUGACCUAAUGGACAUGCCGUCUUUUUUAGAUAAAGCUACGCAUACAAUAUUAUUGAAGCACAUUUUAGAUUGUGGUAAAACCGUUGCAGAAGCCUUGAUGAAAAAAGCUGUGAAUCAAGAAAAAAAAGCGACAAGUGAAAAUGAGAAUAAUAACGAAUUGCCUGUAUCGGGAGAUGGAACCUGGCAAAAACGGGGGUUUACAUCGUCAUUUGGAGUUUCUUCUAUAAUUGGCUAUUAUACUGGAAAGAUUCUUGAUAUAAACAUUAAAAGUGCUUAUUGUAAGCUAUGUGAGUAUUGGAAAAAGAAAAGAAAUACGGUUGAGUUCGAGGAAUGGUAUGAAUCGCAUGAAAAUGAGUGUAGUGCUAAUCACAAGGGGUCUUGGGGGAAAAUGGAGGUGGAUGCGAUGGUUGAAAUGUUUCAGCAGUCUGAAACAAAACAUGGAGUUAAAUAUACAAACUACAUUGGUGAUGGUGAUUCGAAAACCUAUUCUGGAAUUAUAAAAGCAGAUUCUUACAAAAAUACAACCAUAAAUAAAAAGGAAUGUAUAGGCCAUGUUCAGAAGCGGAUGGGGACUCAACUGCGUACUCUGAAAACUAAACAAAAAGGUCUUGGUGGUAGAGGUAGGCUUAUAGGAAAAGUAAUAGACAAAUUAACUGUGUACUAUGGUUUAUCAAUACGUCGUCAUUGCGAUUCUAUUGAAGAUAUGAAAUCUGCUAUUAUGGCAACUUUUUACCACUACGGUUCGACUGAUGAAAAUCCGAAUCAUGAUAUGUGUCCCAAAGGCUAAGAUUCUUGGUGCUCUUACCAGCACGCUGAAGCAAGUGGAGAGCUCGAUACUUAUACUCAAGAUUAUUCUCCCUUACCUCUUGAUGUUUUAAAAGCUAUUAAACCGAUUUAUGACGAUCUCAAUAAUGAUAAUUUACUUUCAAGAUGUGUAGGUGGAUUCAAUCAGAAUAAUAAUGAGAGCUUCAACCAACUAGUGUGGAAAAUAUGCACAAAAAUCGUGAAUACUAGUUCUACUAUCGUACAAAUUGCUGCAUACAUAGCUACUUGUAUAUUUAAUGAAGGUACAAAUUCAUUAUUAAUGAUUAUGGAUACCCUAGGACUUAAUUGUAAGUCUAAUUCCCAUCGGUAUGCUGAAAAAUUGGAUGCUGCACGUGUGAAAGUGGCAGAUCAGCGCGCCAAAGACAACACUCGGGAAGGCAGAAUGCUUCGUAGGCAACAGCAAAUUGAUGUUUUGGAAACUUCCACAAUGGCUAAAGAACUAUUAUAUGGCCCAGGAAUAGCUGACUCGAUAUGAAUCUCCAAGGACUUAUGAUUCACCGCAAAGGUCACCGCAAGGACCUUUUUUUGGAACUGGGUCAACACAGACAGCUAUAACUUUGGAAAUUAAAUUUUUUUUUUUUUGAAAUUUUCGUGACUUUAAGUCAAAACAUUGUUUAAUAAUGCCAUAUUACUACUUUUGUAAAUUAACAUGAUUUAAUAGCAAAAAAAAAAUACUGAAAAUUCUCAUUUUUUCGUGCCUCUGACUACCCCUAACC